CAACGGAAAAACGCGUUGCCGUGGCGUCUAUCCGGGGUUUCGUCUCCGAUGCGGCACGUAGCCUAUAAAUGCGCACGAUCUCCCGGUCUGCCAAUUCGCUAUCGAUUGCAGAAGAAAACUCAAACCCUAGGCGCUCUCUCUCCGUUCGACCUCUCGAAGUUCUCCUCUCUUCGCGUCAAGAUGCAAAUCUUUGUGAAAACCCUUACUGGCAAGACAAUCACCCUCGAGGUGGAAAGCUCGGACACAGUCGAUAAUGUGAAAGCAAAAAUCCAGGACAAGGAAGGGAUCCCUCCGGACCAGCAGAGGCUUAUCUUUGCUGGCAAGCAGCUGGAAGAUGGCCGAACCUUGGCCGAUUAUAACAUUCAGAAGGAGUCCACCCUCCACUUGGUGCUCCGUCUCAGGGGAGGCAUGCAAAUCUUUGUGAAGACUCUUACUGGCAAGACAAUCACCCUCGAGGUGGAAAGCUCCGACACAGUUGAUAAUGUGAAAGCAAAAAUCCAGGACAAGGAAGGGAUCCCUCCGGACCAGCAGAGGCUUAUCUUUGCUGGCAAGCAGCUGGAAGAUGGCCGAACCUUGGCCGAUUAUAACAUUCAGAAGGAGUCCACCCUCCACUUGGUGCUCCGUCUCAGGGGAGGCAUGCAAAUCUUUGUGAAGACUCUCACUGGGAAGACAAUUACCCUAGAAGUUGAGAGCUCUGACACCAUUGACAAUGUCAAGGCUAAGAUCCAAGACAAGGAGGGUAUUCCACCGGACCAGCAGAGGCUCAUUUUUGCAGGAAAGCAGCUUGAAGACGGGAGGACGCUUGCAGACUAUAACAUCCAGAAAGAAUCCACUCUCCACUUGGUGCUCCGUUUGCGGGGUGGAAUGCAGAUUUUUGUGAAGACGCUUACUGGGAAGACCAUAACUUUGGAGGUGGAAAGCUCCGACACCAUCGACAAUGUUAAGGCGAAAAUCCAAGACAAGGAGGGUAUUCCCCCGGACCAGCAGAGACUCAUCUUUGCUGGCAAGCAGCUUGAAGAUGGCAGGACUCUUGUAGACUAUAACAUCCAGAAAGAGUCUACUCUCCACUUGGUGCUCCGGUUGAGGGGUGGAAUGCAGAUUUUCGUGAAGACUCUCACUGGGAAGACGAUUACUCUUGAGGUCGAAAGCUCUGAUACUGUCGACAAUGUGAAGGCUAAAAUUCAGGACAAAGAGGGUAUUCCUCCGGACCAGCAAAGGCUGAUCUUUGCUGGUAAACAACUUGAAGAUGGCAGGACAUUGGCCGACUACAACAUCCAAAAGGAAUCGACCCUUCACCUUGUCCUCCGUCUCCGUGGUGGAAUGCAGAUUUUCGUCAAGACCCUGACAGGAAAAACCAUCACCUUGGAGGUUGAGAGUUCAGACACUAUUGAUAAUGUUAAGGCAAAGAUCCAAGACAAGGAGGGGAUCCCACCGGACCAACAGAGACUGAUUUUCGCCGGUAAGCAGCUGGAGGAUGGGAGGACCCUUGCGGACUACAACAUUCAGAAGGAGUCUACACUCCACCUGGUGCUCCGCCUUCGUGGGGGGUUUUAAGCUUGUUCUGGUGCUUUUUAGAAUAACAAUGGAUUGUUGUGGUGGUGAUCAUUGUGGGAUGGGUUUGAAUAAGUUUUAAGACCUUUUGAAAUUCUCUGCUUGGGUAGGUUUAUAUGCAUGACCGUAUAUUAAGUGGUAAUGACUAAUUAGAUUCUCGCUGAUGAUUUCAGUUUCGUAUGGUGGUUCUGAGUGCUGUUUCUCCAUUUUGUGUAGUCGGUCCGUCAUUUAAUCGCCAACUAGAAAUGUUUACGUG